GUCGUCGUCGGAGUCACACUGCGUCUACGUCGACCUUCCGCCCAUCUCCAGUCAUCCCGAUCCCUUCGCCACGUCUUGUCUUGCCCCGUGGACGUGUGCUCGCAUCAGCCGCGCGCAAUUGAGUCCAGGCCUCACAAUGGCUGCCCGGCGAGCUCUCUUCGCUCUGCCAUCCCGCUCGUCUGCCUCUCUUGGCCCUCGGGUCGCACGCCGUUGCCCGAGCCGGUCUUCAUCCUCCUCCUCGUCGUCGUCAUCGUCCUCAUCGUCCACCAGCGCUCUUGCCUACAAGGCCCUGCAUCGCCGCAUUUCGCCCUUGCCUGUCUCUGACAGCCCGCCCUCAUGGUCUGCUCCUGCCGCCGUCUCUUCCAUCCUGUACGAGACGCCGCUGCCCUCUUCGGCACCACCGAAGAAACACAUCCUCAACUGUCUGGUCCAGAAUGAGCCCGGAGUCCUGUCACGUGUUUCGGGAAUUCUGGCUGCCAGGGGCUUCAACAUUGACUCCCUCGUCGUGUGUAACACUGAGGUCGAAGAUCUCAGUCGGAUGACCAUUGUGCUGCAAGGUCAGGACGGUGUUGUUGAGCAGGCAAGGAGACAGCUAGAGGACCUGGUUCCCGUCUGGGCUGUUUUGGACUAUACCCAAGCACCUCUUGUCCAGCGCGAGCUUCUACUGGCCAAAAUCUCCAUUUUAGGUCCGGAAUACUUUGAGGAGCUGCUUGCCCAUCACCAGGAAAUGAGUGAGGCACAUGAGGCCAUGACGCCGGAGGAACGAGAGGCUCAACUGAACCAAAGACGAGGCGAAUAUCACCCCAGCAGACUUGAAAAGAGUCAGGCGCUUCGACAUAAACACGAGCAUCUUGAGGCAAUAACCCAUCUGACCCAUCAGUUUGGUGGCAAGGUUCUAGACAUUUCGAACAACAAUUGCAUCGUCGAGAUCAGCGCGAAACCCAGCAGGAUCGACAGCUUCAUGAAGCUGAUUCAACCUUUCGGUAUCUUGGAGAGUGCGCGAACUGGUCUCAUGGCACUGCCGAGAAGCCCUCUAACAAGCCCGGACGAUCUUGAAGAGAAGGAAGCCGAGGAUAUUGUCGACUCUAGCAUCCUGCCUCCUGGUUAAACAAUUUUGUCUGGAGACGGCAGGCCAUUGCCACAAGCUGAUAUCUGUAUUCACGCACUGAGGUUCUUUCGGUUGGUGCUGUACAUAUUUAGCACUCGGCAGCAAUGUUCGUCUCAGACUUAAUAUGCUCUUUUCUUUCAACGCCAUAGUCUACGUCCUUUCAUUCUUUUCCCUCUUUCCUUUACUGACAAAACUACUCUAUACGCUAUGUGAGCAAAUGAUCAAGUCCGUAUACCACGUCGUGUUUCUCCACAGGUAUUUUGCACGCACGGACUCUAAGUAGAGCCUGAGAACUUGAACAUUCAUCUUAACCACUCGUUCAUCUGAUCAGCGAUGGUGAGUGAAAUCACCCUGCUGCUAAGUUAGAAUUGCUUUGAAACUAGGCCAGCUUGGGUCUCAAGCGACGUUGAGAAGUUGACGUACGUAAAUGGUGCUAUUCUCAGAAAAUACGCCCAAAAUCCUCUGUAAAACCUCAAUGGCCCUUCUUGAUUAAGCACUUUAACAAAGCAAUCUAUAACACCC